AGCAACUGAAGGUCACGUGACUGCCCCUUCUUGUAGUCGCCAUCAUGCAAGCGGCUAGGCAAGCUUGUGCUGGACUUCUAAAGGCUGCAAAUUGUUCCAUCACAUCAACAGCAAUUCCACACACGUCAAGAUGUCUGUCAGCAUAUUAUAACACACGAAGAAGAUAUGCAACUGAUGCACCUCAGGCAAAGCCCAGUGGUUCUCCAGCCCGGGGAAAGGUGGUGGCCGUUAUUGGAGCUGUGGUAGAUGUACAGUUUGAUGAUGAACUUCCACCCAUUCUAAAUGCAUUGGAAGUUAAAAACAGAACACCAAGACUUAUUUUGGAAAUUGCCCAGCAUUUGGGUGAGAAUACUGUAAGAACAAUAGCUAUGGAUGGUACAGAAGGUCUGGUUCGUGGACAAGAAUGUGUUGAUGUUGGAACACCAAUCAGAAUACCCGUUGGUCCUAAAACUCUGGGAAGGAUUAUCAAUGUUAUUGGUGAACCCAUUGAUGAGAGGGGACCCGUGGAAACCGACCUAUCCGCUGCAAUUCAUCAAGAAGCUCCUGCGUUCGUCGACAUGAGUGUACAGCAAGAGAUUCUGGAAACUGGAAUCAAGGUUGUUGAUCUUCUUGCUCCCUAUGCCAAAGGUGGCAAGAUUGGACUGUUUGGUGGAGCUGGUGUCGGCAAAACUGUAUUGAUUAUGGAGCUGAUUAAUAACAUUGCCAAAGCUCAUGGUGGUUACUCAGUGUUUGCUGGUGUAGGGGAGAGAACCCGUGAGGGUAAUGAUCUGUAUCACGAGAUGAUCACAUCUAAAGUCAUCAGUCUGACGGACGACACCUCUAAGGUAGCGUUGGUGUACGGUCAGAUGAAUGAGCCCCCAGGAGCCCGUGCUCGUGUUGCUUUGACUGGUCUGACUGUCGCCGAGUAUUUCCGAGAUGAGGAGGGUCAGGACGUGUUGCUGUUCAUUGACAACAUUUUCAGGUUCACACAGGCCGGAUCAGAGGUGUCUGCCCUGUUGGGUCGUAUCCCAUCUGCUGUCGGUUACCAACCAACCCUGGCCACUGACAUGGGUACUAUGCAGGAAAGAAUUACAACAACCAAGAAAGGAUCAAUCACAUCAGUCCAGGCUAUCUAUGUCCCAGCUGAUGAUUUGACAGAUCCUGCUCCUGCCACCACUUUCGCUCACUUGGACGCCACAACUGUGUUGUCUCGUGGUAUUGCCGAGUUGGGCAUCUACCCGGCUGUGGAUCCACUGGAUUCUACAUCUCGUAUCCUCGAUCCCAAUAUUGUAGGAGAAGAACAUUACGGUGUUGCUCGAGGUGUACAAAAAAUUCUGCAGGAUUACAAGUCACUCCAGGACAUCAUUGCUAUUUUGGGUAUGGAUGAGCUAUCUGAAGACGACAAAGUGACAGUAUCACGAGCUAGGAAGAUCCAGAGAUUCUUGUCGCAGCCUUUCCAGGUGGCAGAAGUCUUCACUGGAUCUGACGGCAAAUACGUACCACUUGUAGAAACUAUUAAGGGAUUCCAGCAAAUUCUUAAGGGAGAGUAUGAUCAUCUUCCAGAGGUAGCGUUCUACAUGGUUGGACCAAUUGAAGAAGUGGUAGCAAAGGCAGAAAAGUUAGCAGAAGAGCAAAACUGAAUAGAUAAUGAACUUCAUAAAAGUGUUUGAUAUUUUGAAGAACGAGUGCUAAUUGUGUUGUAAAUUACGGAGUUGUCAUUGAACUGCAUUCAGGUGAAAAGACAAGCUAAUCACGUAGAUACUGUUCGACUGGCUGUAUUUGAUUCACCAUUGUACUAUAAAGGUUUACUAAAACCA